UAGGGGGGGCGUGUUCUGCUGAAGCUCUGAAACUCAGAGACAGUUUAGAAAACUCCUCAGUGUCUCAUUCAUAAAGCCACCGGAGAGAGAGACCUGGGACCUGGAGAAGAAACAAGUGUCUGACUGGAUGAAGUUUUCUUGUGAGGCGUUUAUAAAUAAACAAACAGCUGCGAUGAUGAGGACGACACCGGCGCUGGUCCCCGUUGUGGUUGUGGCCCUGCUGCUCUGCACACUGCCGAGUACAGACGCCGCGACCUUCCAGGGCGCCUUACCGCAUCCGAACAAAUACAACCCCAACGACUCGGAGCGGUGUCAACAACAACAACCGCCCAUCGGCGGACUAAUCUCCCGCGGGCCGGGGCCCGUGACGUCCACCGACGAGGUGCUGGAGUCCAGUCAGGAGGCGCUGCACGUCACGGAGCGCCGCUACCUGCGGCUCGACUGGUGCAAGACGCAGCCGCUGAAGCAGACGAUCCGCGAGGAGGGCUGCCUGAGCCGCACCAUCAUCAACCGCUUCUGCUACGGACAGUGCAACUCCUUCUACAUCCCGCGGCACGUCUACCAGGACGGCAGCGCGUUCGAGUCCUGCUCCGCGUGCAAGCCCAGGACCUUCAGCACCGUCACGUACACGCUCUUCUGCCCGGGACAGACGCCGAGCACCAGGAAGAAGCGCGUGCAGCGCGUGAAGCAGUGCCGCUGCACGACGAUAGCGACGGACUAGACCCUCGGUCCUGGAGGAAAAGUGCAGCUUUGCAAAACAUAUUGGGGAAAAAAGGAUCAAGGUUGCUCGUGGUUAUGAUGGAGAGAUGUUCACCCUCUGAUUUAGCUGAUUCAGGUGUCAUGAUCCAUCUAAAGUGAUAACUGGACCAGCAAUUAACUGGACCACUUUGCAGUCAUUUCAUCCAUUACAUAUUUUGGUGUAAACAGAUUUAGUGGUUUUUCGUUGGCAGUUGCCAAAGGUUUAGAGUUUUAGUUUUGGCCUCAUGACCUUGAGCCAAAGAGAAUGAGUUUAAGUUAAAUUCUUUAUAUUUCUUGUCCGUAUACAGGCAGGUAGGUGGUCUUGCAAGAUUCUACCUUAUAGCAGGAAAUGUAAGAGGACACAUCUUCGAGAGGAUAUGGUGUCAUUGUUUCCACUGUGUGGGAUGUAAGUCAAAGGUUGUCAUGAUAUAUAUAUAUAUAUAUAUAUGCAUAUAUAUAUAUAUAUAUAUAUAUAUAUAUAUGUAUAUACAUAUAUAAAAUUGCACAGCUAAAUGCCACUUCUUUUUAUGACUGUGUAUAAUUUGUGUAUCGUGUAAUGUUGCUUGUAAAUACAAUAAAUCUUUUUUCAAGCCAUAACAA